UUUCCCGCCCCCCAAUUACCAUUCCCCUUUUAUUUUCACCCAAAUGCUGCAUACAUCUCGGAGCUCUCAACACCCAUCUCUCUCUAACUCUCUCGUUCCAUCUGUUGCCGCUGAAACCACUACCGCAGAAGAACACCUACCGCACCACCAUACGUUCCAGUUUCGUCGCUCGAUUCGUCUGGCGCUGCUUUAGCCAAUAUUAUGGCGAGAAUAUGAUUAAGCUUUGAAGAUGCACACCAACUGCUUGAUGAAAUGCUUUGACCAAAAUGACAUCUAUUUCACAUGAUGGAUCAACGCAAUUCAAUUGGGGCAAAUAUCAUUUUCUUAUAAGAUAUCAGCCUAAACUCGAUCUUCUCUCUUCAAUGGCUUCCCAAGAAAUGAGUCUGAAGCUUCUUGUCGACGUAAAAGGCUCAAGAGUGUUAUUUGCAGAAGUACCAAAAGAAUUUGUGGAUUUCCUUUUCCACAUAUUCUCUUUGCCUUUGGGCACCCUGGUCGAGUUAAUUGGAUCUAACCAGAUGGCGGGCUGCUUAGGAAAACUCAAAGGUAGCAUAGAAAGUUUCAAUGGAAACUACCUUCAACCUGGCAUCAAAAUGGAUGACAUCUUCAACCCCAAAACAGCAUUCAACGGUAAAACAUUUCUGUUAUCCUGUGAUGCUUCUUCUGGGGAUCAGUCCGGUGCAUCCAAAGCAGUUUACAGGUGUGCCAAGGCAGCAGGAUACUGCCAUUACUGUGGUAACCAACCUUGCAGGUCAAAUGCAACACUGGAUGCGAAUUCUAUAUGUCCCAAUUGCAGUGGUUGCAUGAAUUAUAAGAUGGCACUUGUAACGCCGCCGAAGGAGGUAGCCGAAACAAAACUAGCGGAUGAGAUAAAGAAGCGUGGGUAUGUUAAGGAAGUGGUGACUUAUAUGGUGAUGGAUGAUUUAGUGGUGAACCCAAUGUCCACCAUUUCUGGCAUCACCCUCAUCAAUAAGUUUGGUGUCAAGGAUCUCAGUCAACUUGAAGAGAAGACUGUUUCUUUUGGAAAAGAUGAGGGUCUGAAGCUCUUGGAGGCAUCGUUGAAGACCAACAAAGUGCUGACAACUGUCUUUAUGCAUUAAAAUGUAGUUAUGGAUCUGGUUUAUGAAGGCUUUGAUGUGUUUUAAUUUGAUGGUGUUGGAACUUAGUUAUCUUCUUUUGCCUACCACCUAUUAAUUUAGAAGCAGUGACUAUCAUUUUAAGAUGAAACUUAUGACUUUAUAUGUACAUCUUACUUGGUGUUAUCCUACAUGAUUGUGAUUGUUGUUAA